CCUUGGGAUGAAAUAGUGAAUUGUAUAUUGCAUCUUUGCUAUAAUAAUUACGUUUAUACAACACGUUUGAAAGAAAAUAAAAUAAAUUAUAAAGUACAAAUAGGCAAUUACUUACUAGUCACAUUGGCAGAUUUUGAUCAAGUCCAUAUGAUUUUUUUUUUUUUAUUCAAUCUUGCUUGUAAUGACAUUUAAAGUUUUUGGUGUAACAUAACUUUUCAUGUUUGAUGUCCAGUUAAAAUUAUUUUGUAAUAUUAAGAAAGACCCCUACAUAUCAGUGGAAAGUUGGAUCUGACGUUAGGAAAAUGCUGUCACCACAUCCACGUGAUUUGUGAUUGUAAAAACAUCUUGCACAAUCUAUUGACCCAUCACGGUGGUCGUGUGUAAAUUGAGAUUCACAAUGUUUGAUAAGUUGGGCAAACUUUCCAGGAAAAAAACUCGGUACUUGCAACCUCUUUUUUUGUUUGUUUAUAACAUUAAUUUAUGUUUUUAGCUCACAUCUGAGUGGGUUUGGCAUUUUGCUCAACAGUACGUGAUCAGAUUGAUUAAAACGCGAGAGAUGUAAGACUGUGUGCGUUAAUAGUAAAACAACAGCUCAGCGGGGAGUCUUGUGAAAGUACAUCUCAACUCAAGUUCUUCUUGGCUCAGAAGUUUUAUUUUGCGGGUCCUCCGGCUCCUGCCCCCCACCCCCCCCCACGCAGUGCUGGGCCGUCUGUCACACGGAGCUAAAUGUGGGAGAGGUGAUCAGGUUUCCCUGCCCGCGUGCACGUGAUGCUGUCCCCAGUUACUUGAGGCGAUGCCCCUUCUCUCAACGAGUCCAGACGCACGGCGAGCAGCACGCAUCGACCAGACCCGACCCGAGCCGAGCCGAGUCACCUGCAGUCAAGUUUAACCUGUGGCUGGACUUUAGUGUUUGCUGACUGGACGUUUUUUCUGUCCCGUCCGUUGUUUCUUCUGUCCUCGGCGGAGGCUGCCGCAGUGCGUGGCGGGGCAGGAAGGGACAUGUUCCUCUCACUUGUGGUGACGUUGGAGCUGAGGGACUUCCUGGCCAGGGCGAGGGGUGGAGCGGUGCGCCUCAUCCAGGUGCGCAUCCAAGAUGAGCAGCUGGUGCUGGGAGCCUACAGGGAGCCAGAAGAAAGCUGGGAAAGGGAUUAUGAUCACUUCCUGCUUCCUCUCCUGGACGAGCAGGAGCCCUGCUACGUCCUGUACCGCCUCGACUCCCAGAAUGCACAGGGCUACGAGUGGAUCUUCAUAUCGUGGUCUCCCGAUCAGUCUCCAGUGAAACAAAAGAUGCUGUACGCCGCCACCCGUGCCACAGUGAAGAAAGAGUUCGGUGGUGGCCAUUUGAAGUACGAGAUCUUCGGCACAGCUGAGGAGGACGUCUGCUUGCUGGGCUACCAGCAUCACGUGUCCUCGUGCUCAGGUCCUGCGCCGCUGACGUUAGCCGAGCAGGAGCUUCAGAAGAUCAAAAUGUCAGAGGUGAGAGGUCAACAUGCCCUCUGCAGGGCGGCCAUCGUUUCACAUGUGAAAACAGACAUCAGCGUAGAGACGAAGCACCAGACCCUCCAGGGAGUCGCUUUCCCACUGCAGGAAACGGCCAAGAGAGCCAUGCAGCAACUUUCCCAAAAACGCAUAAACUACGUACAGCUGAGGUUAGACGUGGAGAAGGAGACCAUCGAGCUGGUCCACUCGCACCCGACGGAAACCCGCGAUUUGCCCCGCCGGGUUCCCAGAGACUCCGCUAGAUACCACUUCUUCCUCUACAAACACUCCCACGAGGGAGACUACCAGGAAUCCGUGGUAUUCAUAUACUCCAUGCCUGGGUACAGCUGUAGCAUUAAGGAGCGGAUGUUGUAUUCCAGCUGCAAGAGUCGACUACUGGAGGAGGUGGAGAAAGAUUACCAUUUGGAAGUUGCUAAAAAGCUGGAGAUCGAUGACGGAGAUGAGCUGACGGACGAGUUUCUGUACGAUGAGGUCCAUCCCAAGCAGCACGCUCACAAACAGGCCUUCGCCAAGCCCCGAGGCCCAGCAGGAAAGAGGGGACACAAGCGCCUCAUUAAAGGGACGGGAGAGACCACGCUGCACAGCUAGAGGGGGACGCAUUCCUCCGAGAGUCCAGUCUGCACUUCCAGCCCUCCUUCGUUCCCCAGACCGCGCUAACACCUCGUCAGGCUCAGGGGGAACGAGCACAUUCUGUCUCUGUUUGCUGUCUAACUAAUAUAUAUAUGUAUAUAUAUAUAUGCAUAACUAUAGAUCGGACUCCCCCACAGGCAAAUCAAGGUGCAUGCACAUUUAUACAAAGGUUUAUUAAUAAAAGGAUCAGAAGAGUCGGGCUGGAACCAGGGCGGAUGGGCUUUUUACUGUAAAUCUAAUUUCUCUGUUUCCUCCACACUUAUGAAAAUAUGUCUGCAGUUUACAAUGCGAUGGGUGUGUGAUGAAUUGUGCGUGCUUAGUCAGACAUCUUCAGCCGUCACAUUUGGCCUUCAGUUACAAGUUUUGUACCAAUGAUGUUUUUAAGACAAUGUGGAAGGAAAUUCCAAAUAAAAUCUCUUUAUAGAC